CUGCUGCCCCUUCCCCGCGGGCUCCGGCUGCCUCGUGAGCUCGGGCGGCCGAGGCCGGAGUCUUUCGUCAGCCGGGGAGGGUGAAGUUGGAAAACAAACUGCGGGCUCGGCGCUCGGGAGAGCCAGCCGACAGCUGCUUUGGCGGGGCGGCCGGAGUUCGCGUUUCUAAGAUUGUUUCAGGACAGUCUUCGGGUUGCCUGGAAUCGCGCUGGGAUUCCCGGGCUCGAGCUCCGUAAAACAGUGCUUAGGGUUAGGGGAUGCUUCGGAACAGCCUGAGCGUUUUAAGUCCUCCCACCGGCCCGCUCGGAAGCCCGCAGCGCGCUCUCAUUGUCUGCCCCCAGCGACUUAGGAUCGCACCAGCCUCCCUGCUUUGAUUACUUCCUGGUAGGGCCCUGGUGCCGCUCGAGCCUUUGUUUAUUAGCUCCGAGAUGAUCCCCGGUAGCUUGGGUUGUGGAGUAACAUUUGAAUUGUGCACUUCAGAAUUUCCCUAAGUUCAUUUGCCGAAAUGUAGGAAAACAGCGAAUGUACGCUUUAGCGGUGUGACAUUGCUCAGUGUGGCUCGGAGCUGGGAAAUUAGAGAAUCCUAAAACACUUUUGACAGGUUACCUCUUAAAGGGUGAUUAUGGUCCUAGAGAAAAAAAAAUGGUAGUGUUACAAAGCAAAAUGUAUUCCAGGAUAAGAAAUAGAAAUAACCGCAUUUUUUUUUUUUUAUUCAGGCGUUUGACGCUUUGCUGCCUUUGUAAAGUCAGAUGUAUUUUUCCGCAUGAAGCUUUUAAAGAUUAACCAGUUAAUUGGUUUCAACAGGGCAGCACUGCAGUUCUUUUGUGAGGAUGCAGACAUUUGUGUGAAUUGCAGUCGCUCUUACCUAGGAAUGUGUCUUGAACACUGAAUGUUGAAUAUUGGAACCAGAAAAGGUGUACCAUAUCGCUUUACAAGUUGGUGGCAUACUAGCUGUAGCUGUGGUGGUAAAUUUUUUCAAAAGAGAUUUGAAAAAAAAAAAAAAAAAGACCAGAGUAAACAACUAGGAAAAUCCUACCUCACAAGGAAUGAGGCAAUUACUCUGGCUCAUCUGUAGUAAACUACAGGAACACAAAGUGCUCAGUUAGCACAUUUGGGGAUUUUUGUAGGUAAAAUCACACCAAACUUAAAAAUGGCUUCGCUGGGCACAUGCACCUAAAAACACGAGAACUGUACAAAUGACAGAUAACCUGCUGCGAAUCAGUCUUACCUCUGCCAGUCAAGAGGCCCACUUGAUUGUGGAACAGAGAGGCAAAAAAAUCAAGCAUUUCUUGAGGAAUUCACUUAAUGGAAGACAGCUGGACUCGUUAUCUGCCUGUGCAUCCCAUCUCUCAGCUAUCACACUUCAUGUGGCUUCUGGAAAACUCCAUUGCAUGCUCUUGAGAGAAUGAGAGUAAGCGAUAAAAUGUGCCGGUCCAACAAAAGCCCCUGGGUCUGUUUGACUUGCUCAAGUGUCCACUGUGGAAGGUAUGUGAACGGCCAUGCUAAAAAACAUUAUGAAGAUGCACAAAUACCCUUAACCAACCAUAAGAAAUCAGAAAAGCACGAUAAGCCUCAGCAUACAGUGUGUAUGGAUUGCAGUAGCUACAGUACAUACUGUUAUCGCUGUGAUGAUUUUGUGGUUAAUGACACCAAGCUGGGGCUGGUACAGAAAGUCAGAGAACACUUACAGAACUUGGAAAACUCAGCGUUCACAGCUGACAGGCAUAGGAAGAGAAAAUUUUUGGAGAACUCAUCACUAAACAGCAAGUUAUUAAAAGUAAAUGGAAGUACCACUGCCAUUUGUGCUACAGGUCUUCGGAAUCUGGGCAACACGUGUUUCAUGAACGCCAUCCUUCAGUCACUCAGUAACAUUGAGCAGUUUUGCUGUUAUUUCAAAGAACUGCCCGCGGUGGAGUUAAGGAAUGGGAAGACGGCGGGAAGGAGAACGUACCACACCAGGAGCCAAGGGGACAGCAGCGUGUCCCUGGUGGAGGAGUUCAGAAAGACACUGUGCGCUUUAUGGCAAGGCAGCCAGACCGCCUUUAGUCCAGAGUCCUUGUUUUAUGUUGUUUGGAAGAUUAUGCCCAAUUUUAGGGGCUACCAGCAGCAGGACGCCCACGAGUUCAUGCGCUACCUUCUGGACCACCUACACCUGGAACUUCAGGGUGGUUUCAAUGGGGUUUCCCGAUCAGCAAUUCUGCAAGAGAAUUCUCUGUCUGCAAGUAACAAGUGCUGCAUAAACGGAGCAUCAACUGUUGUCACCGCUAUAUUCGGAGGCGUUCUCCAGAACGAGGUCAACUGCCUCAUCUGUGGGACGGAGUCCAGAAAGUUUGAUCCAUUCUUAGACCUUUCAUUAGAUAUUCCAAGUCAGUUCAGAAGUAAACGCUCUAAGAAUCAAGAAAAUGGACCAGUUUGUUCAUUACGAGAUUGUCUUCGCAGUUUCACUGACUUAGAAGAACUGGACGAGACAGAGUUAUAUAUGUGCCACAAAUGCAAAAAGAAACAAAAGUCCACAAAAAAGUUCUGGAUUCAAAAACUUCCCAAGGUGCUAUGCUUACAUCUGAAAAGAUUUCACUGGACGGCAUAUUUAAGGAACAAAGUUGACACUUACGUCGAGUUUCCGCUGAGAGGCCUCGACAUGAAAUGCUACUUGCUUGAGCCCGAGAACAGUGGCCCCGAGAGCUGCCUGUACGACCUGGCGGCGGUGGUGGUGCACCAUGGCUCCGGGGUCGGCUCUGGACAUUACACAGCCUACGCAGGUCACGAAGGCCGCUGGUUCCACUUCAACGACAGCACCGUGACGCUGACCGAUGAGGACACCGUGGGGAAGGCGAAGGCCUACAUCCUGUUUUACGUGGAGCGCCAGGCCAAAGCUGGAUCAGACAAACUUUAAUACCUCUCGAAAUCAUUAUGCAACUCUACCGGACAAACAUUUCCAAUUUUCCAUAAAUACUUGAUCCAAGAUUUAAUUUCAUUAUGCACUUUUCAAUUUCCGGUUCUGGAUUUAGUUUUGUCAAUGGUAGUGACUUACUGAACAUGGGCACCAACUAAUUUUUUGUUGUCGUUGUUCUACCAGAAAACCUCAGCAGAUGUUUUGAUUUGCUGCUUUAGUUGUAAUAAUUCAAUUUUUAUAUGUAGUUUCAAGAACUUAGUUCUGUUUGACUUUUUUAUAUUAAUGUUUUCCAUUCUCACCGAGGCACAUUUACAUCCAUGCUUUUAUUACUCACACGCUGAAAGCCGGGGCGCCCCGGGUGUGGAGGGCGAGGCCGCGCCCAGCGCCGAGGUGGCUCCGGGCGCAGGCCGCGCUCGCGGGGGCGGCCAGGAGGUUCCCCGCGACUGCUCAGUGCUGCUGCCUGUGCAGGGCACGAGGGCGCUGCCGCUGUGCAUCAGCACUAACUGAAUAAACGUGUCGGUUCAGCCGUUA